AUGAGCUUCCUGGACCGCUUCCAGGGCAAAAUCGCUACGGUGACGGCGCAAGGCCACUUGAAGAAAGCGGAUGGGAGCGAAGAAAUUCGCGUUGGGGCCCCAAAGCGUAGAUCGCAGCCUCAGCAGCAUGAAAAGCAACCGCAGCAGCGUCCUACCGGGAACAACAACAUGAACCACGACAGCAAUACCAGUCAAACCAUGUUGAGGCAGCCAACGAAGGUCCAGAAUGCACCAACACAAAAUUCGCCGAAGGAGUGCCGAUCCCCGAGAGAAAUCAACGAAAGCCGCGUCAUCACGGAUCAGGACCAACUCGCGUUCAGUCGGAAGGCUCGCCCCGUGCAGUACGAGCCUUGCAAGCUGUCCCAGUACAAGAAGGAGAAGCCGGACGGAUACUACGAAUUGGGAAAAUUGCAGCCGGACCUCAAUACCGACGAACUUGUCGAGAAGCGCGCCAAGAAUGAACGGAUCAAAGCCUUCUCGCAAAACCUGCGCGUCAUCAACAAAAACGCCCAAGCCAAGAAACCUACCGAGUCCGGUAAUGAGCAGAAAGCCACUGCGAAAGCCAAGUCAACGCGGGAGAAGGGGCUUGCGUUCGCGAAACGCGUGCCCAAGCCACGGCUGUCGCAACGAUCGGACUCGGCAGAAGGAGAUCUUCCGACUGCAAGUCUGGGGACUGCCCGCACGCAGGCGCAGAUCCCGACGGCGAGGAACCCGAACACUGUCAUCGACGACGACUCGGACGACGAUGAGCUCAGUGCCGAGCUGCAGCAGCUCCAGCAACGCCACGAGGCCUCCCGUGCCGAAGUCGAGGCCUUGGUUGGAUCCGUGUAG